AUGGGCGCCCCUGGCGCGGCCGACCGCGCACGCCGCCGCAUCCCGGGCGUGCCGGACGAGCUCGCGUCGGGCUUCGCCUUUUGCGUCACGUCGGCGGCCAUGACGCUCAUGAACAAGGCGGCGCUCUCGACCUUUGCCUUCUCCGCGCCGACUGCGCUGCUGUGCUUCCAGUGCACGGCGACCCUCGCGCUCGUCGCCGCCGCCGCCGCGGCCGGCGCGGGGCGCCUGCCGCCGCUCAGCUGGCGGCUGCUGCGGCUCUGGCUGCCGGUGAACAUCCUUUUUGUUGGCAUGGUAUCCACCAGCUUCUUUGCCCUGCAGUACGUCGGCGUUGCCAUGGUCACUGUGCUCAAGAACCUCACCAACUGGAUGGUCAUAGCCGGGGACUACUGGCUGUUCGGCAAGACGUAUGGCGCCGGCGUGUGGGCGACGCUGGCGCUGAUGCUGGUGUCCGCGCUGUGCAGCGCGGCGACCGACCUGGCAUACCACCCCAGGGGCUACGCCUGGCAGAUGGUCAACAACGCGUUCACGGCCGCCUACUCGCUCUGGCUGCGCAGGGUGAUGACGCGCAUGGGCCCCAUCACCGCCAAGGCCGGAGGCGUAGACGAGCUUGGGAUGGUGGUCUACAACAAUCUGCUCUCGAUACCCCUCAUCGCCCUGCUGGCCGCGUACACCGGAGAGUGGCCCUGCGCGGCAGCCGACCCCGCGUUGCGCGACCCUGGCUUCCUGGCAGCUGCCGUGGGCAGCGCGGUCAUGAGCUUCCUUAUCAGCCUGGCGUCGAUGUGGUUUCUCUCGUGCACGACGGCGACGACGUUCAGCCUGGUGGGGUCUCUCAAUAAGAUCCCCCUGGCAGCCCUGGGGAUGGUUCUCUUCGCGGCGCCCACCAGCGUCAACAAUCUGCUCAGCAUACUGAUAGGCCUCGUCGCCGGCGUCGUGUUCGCGCGGGCCAAGGCUGCCGACGCGGCGAGGGCGGCGGCGGCCGGGCCGGCGCGGCGUGCGGGAGGGGGAGUGGGCGGGGGCGGCGGAGGCGGUUGGGCGCGGCUGCCGGUGCAGGGCUCGGUGCAGGGCGGCGGUGUGCUUGACCGCGGCGGCAGCCCCGACCUGCGGGUGCGGGAGCAUAAACAUCAGCAGCAAUUGCAGCAGCAUCAGUCGCAGCAGCAGCAGCAGCAGCAGCAGCAGCAGCAGCAGCAGCAGCAGCAGCAGCAGCAGCAGCAGCAGCAACGGCAUUCGACAACCAUGUAUGUGUUAAGCGGAGACCCCGCCGCCAACGGGCGCAAUUAA